AUGAGAUAUGAACAUACUUUCAGUUUUACUGAUAAGGUUUGUACAAGCUAUAAGAAAGCUGAAAUCUUGUAUCAAACAAUAUCUUACACUAGUGCACACAUACAGACAGAUUUUACAUACACGGAGACAUCAGAGCUUAAAUACUGUGUUCGAUUGGAAGAAGGAGAGGAUCAACCAUGACGUUGAUUGCUACAUCUAUAUGUUUACUUCUACUGGGUGGUGGUAUUUUGGUACAAGGAAUAGAAGAAGUCGAUUACAACAAUCCUAUUUUGCCAGAGGUUUUUCAAUCCGUGAUCGGUCAGGGAUUUGCUGUGAAAUAUUUUACACAAAUUACAAAAAAGCCAAUAGAGAAGUAUAAUGAAUCGAAUAUUCAGGAUGUGUACGAUGCCGGCUUCAGAAACGUACGGCUUCGAUGCACAGCUUCAUUUUAUCCCUAUCCAUACAAUAGCACGAAUUUCACGACACUUUUCCUCGAUAACUUGGAGAAAGUAGUGGACAAAUGCUUAGAGGUAGGAGUAGCCCCAAUUAUUUCAUGGGCAAAUGUUCCGGCUCAAAACUAUGCUACCCAAGAAGAUGAAGACAAUUUCGUCACUUGGUGGACAAAAGUCGCAGAGAGACUGAAGCAAAAAGAUUUCAGACUUGCUUUUAACUUAAUGACUGAAAUUGGAAAUGCUUUUUGCGGUAAACAAGACGACUGCGACAUUAAUGGGACCAUUAAAGAGAACAUUACUAAAUAUUACAGCUGGACGUCAAGGGCAAAGGAAGCAAUCCGAAAUACCACAAAGAAUAAUAAAAGACGAAUCUUGAUUCUCUCCUCCCCAAAAAAGAGUGCUUGGGGGUUGGAUUUGAUACCGAAGGAGCUUUAUAAGAGGGACAGGUAUUUGAUGGUAGAACACCACCAUUACGCAUCAGGACCUAACAAAAAGCCAGAUAGUGGCAAGUAUUGGACGGGUAAUGGAACUGAAGAGCAGCGUAAAAUGCUUGUGGAGGAACUCACAUUUGCAAGCAAUUUUGCACUGAAAAACUAUUUUGGCGCUUGGGCACCUCUGGAUAUAAAGAAGGGAACGUUAUUGCAGCAUGAAGUUGAAAGUUUCGCGAAAUUUUUCGUUUCCACGUUGAGGAAUUUCAGUGUCCCAUGGUCACUGAACGCCCUUGAUAUGUACUAUGAUACAAAGAGUGCAACAUGGCUGACUGAAUAUCAAGAAGAAAAAGGACUCAACAUGGCACCUGUUUUGGAUGUGAUAAAACAAUAUAUGUAGGAAACAAAUGCUUGCAUUAGAAAAGAAUUGAAAGAGUUUGUCUAAUAAACUGUUAUGCAUUUAGAUGACUUGUUGACUUCAUAUAUUGUGACAUAUUGUAUUACAUGUGCGUAAAGCUGUGCCAAUCUUAUGUUGUCUUAUGCUGUUACGCAUUUUCCAUUGGCAAACUGAAAUAGAGCCUGGUAAUCAAACAGUGGAAGAUUUAAAGAGAAACUUUACAUUACUUGCACUCGUUUGAAAUGCGAGCAUUGCAAAUUCACACAACAACGAGGGACAUUAGUAAAAACAAAUUAUCUCCCUUAUCAGAUUAAGUCUAGGGUACAUCAAAUACUACAUUUGUCCUAUUCAGUUGGUAUCAUCUGACUUUAUUCUUUUUCACAUAGAGAUUAAUUGUGAAAUUUCUCGCUUCUCUGAUUAUUAAAAUUCUCUCGGCUGUCAAAGUACAUAAAUGGUAACUGCAUGGAUAUGCAUCCAAACACAUUAUUAAAUCUGAUUAUCAUGA